AUGGGCUCCGUUUCCAACCAGGACUUCCCAGGGGUGUGCAAGGCGGACGAGGACGAGGGCCCCAUCCCGGCCGAGGAGGACUCGCAGACCCUCCUGCAGGGCCUCGGCUUGUGCAAGUGGUUCAACGUGCGGAUGGGCUUCGGCUUCCUGUCCAUGACGAGCCGGGACGGCGUGCAGCUGGACGAGCCAGUGGACGUGUUCGUGCAUCAGAGCAAGUUGCACAUGGAGGGAUUCCGCAGCCUGAAGGAAGGCGAAGCCGUGGAGUUUACCUUCAAGAAGUCCUCCAAGGGGCUGGAGUCGCAGCGGGUCACAGGCCCCGGCGGCGUCCACUGCGUGGGCAGCGAGCGCAGACCCAAAGGCAAGAAAGUCCAGAAGAGACGCUCCAAAGGAGACCGGUGCUACAACUGCGGUGGUCUUGACCACCAUGCCAAAGAGUGCAAGUUGCCGCCUCAGCCCAAAAAGUGCCACUUCUGCCAGAGCAUCGAUCACAUGGUGGCCAACUGUCCAAUCAAAGCACAGCAGGCCUCGCCGGGUCCUCAGGGAAAGCCGUCCUCCUUGAAGGGCAACGAGGAGGAGCAAGGGGGACGCGCCUCGACCGCGCCGCCCCCUCCUCAGGAGCCCUCCGAUUAG